AUGUCCCUGGCCACUGCAACCAUGUCGACCACCGGGUCCUUGCAGGCACCCCACGCCAGGUCCUGCUCCUGGCUCAAGACCUCCGCCCGGAUCCACCACUCCGCCGCUUUCCGUCAAGCCGUGCAUGCCUCUCGCCCCAGGCCCAGCCUUCGCGUGUUCGCCAGCGAGGCCGUGGCUGCGCAAGGUGCAGGGGUGGUAAAUGACGAGACGUGGGAGGAGCUGGUGCUGAAGUCGCCCGUUCCCGUGCUGGUAGACUUCUGGGCCCCAUGGUGCGGACCCUGCCGCAUGAUCGCCCCCCUGGUGGACGAGCUGGCGGAGGAGUACGGGGACAGGUUAAGGACACUUAAGCUGAACACGGAUGAGAGCCCCACCGUGGCCACCGACUAUGGCAUCCGCAGCAUCCCCACCGUCAUGAUCUUCAAGGAUGGCACCAAGCUGGAUGCCGUGAUUGGAGCCGUGCCCAAGGCGACGCUCAAGCAAGCCAUCGACAAGUACCUCGAAUAA